CGGCUGGCCGGGCUCGGGACACAGAACUAGUCGGGUGGCCGCUGCGGCGGGGCCAGGACCCGAAGGUGUUCCGCGCGAGGCAGUGGCGGAACCAUGGCGGGCGGGGAAGACCGCGGUGACGGAGAGGCGGUAUCGAUGGUGACAGUGAGGGUACAGUACCUGGAAGACAACGACCCCUUCGCAUGUGCUAACUUCCCGGAGCCGCGCCGGGCCCCCACCUGGAGCCUGGACGGGGCGCUGCCCGUGGGCGCGCAGAUACCCGCGCUGCACCGCCUGCUGGGGGCGCCACUCAAGCUGGAGGACUGUGCCCUGCAAGUGUCUCCCUCUGGAUACUACCUGGACUCUGAGCUGUCCCUGGAAGAGCAGCGGGAGAUGCUAGAAAGCUUCUACGAAGAGAUCGGCAAAGGGCGGAAGCCUACGCUGAUCCUGCGGACCCAGCUCUCUGUGAGGGUCAAUGCCAUCUUGGAAAAGUUGUAUGGCUCCAGUGGCCCUGAACUCCGCCGCUCCCUCUUCUCACUGAAGCAGAUCUUCCAGGAGGACAAGGACUUGGUACCUGAGUUCGUGCACUCAGAGGGGCUGAGUUGCCUGAUCCAUGUGGGUGCUGCUGCUGACCACAACUACCAGAGCUACAUCCUCCGAGCACUGGGCCAGCUGAUGCUUUUUGUGGACGGGAUGCUGGGAGUGGUAGCCCACAGUGAGACCGUGCAGUGGCUGUACACACUAUGUGCCAGCCUGUCCCGCUUGGUGGUGAAGAUGGCCCUGAAGCUUCUGCUGGUGUUUGUGGAAUACGCUGAAAACAACGCACCGCUCUUCAUCCGUGCAGUCAACUCUGUGGCCAGCACCACCGGCGCUCUUCCGUGGACCAACCUGGUGUCCAUCCUGGAGGAGAAGAAUGGCGCUGACCCUGAGCUGUUGGUGUACGCUAUCACCCUCAUCAACAAGACGCUGGCAGCGCUCCCGGACCAGGACUCAUUCUACGACGUGACAGAUGCACUGGAGCAGCAGGGUAUGGAGGCACUGGUCCAGCGCCACUUGUGCACCCCAGGCACUGACGUCGACCUGCGUACGCAGCUUGUGCUCUACGAGAGCGCCCUGAAGUUGGAGGAUGGAGACCUCGAGGAAGCUGCCGCGGGUGGACGGCGGGAGCGCCGAAAGCCGUCGUCUGAGGAGGGCAAGAGGAGUCGCCGAUCUCUGGAAGGCGGGGGUGGCCCCGCAGUGCGGGCCUCAGAGCCUGGCCCCACAGGCCCCGCCCCACCUGUAAGCCCUGCCUCCUGCCCCACGGGCACUGCCCAGCUGACAGCACCCACCUCCAGCCCCAUGGGCCCUGCCUCUGGCCUCCAUUCCUCUGUGAGCCUCUUCCCUAGCAUCUCCGUGGCGCCCUUGGCUGACAGCUCCUGCGAGCGAAGCAUCUACAAACUUCACCAAACUGCUCCUGUUUGGGCCCCUGAGAACCCACCUGUCCCCCAGUCCCCUACUGGGCAGGCCAGGCUGGAAGCCCGGUUCCUGGAGAAUGUGGCAGCUGCAGAAACAGAGAAGCAGGCUGCACUGGCCCAGGGCCGGGCAGAAACACUGGCUGGGGCCAUGCCAGACGAGGCCGAUGGACACUCAGACACCCGGGAACUAUGGCGCUCCCCAGAGGCAGUCCCUAUACCCAGAACCCCCCAGAGCCCUGCCCCCCGAAUCCUUCUUCGGGCCCAGCAGAGCCUUGAGCCAGAGCCCAAGGAGCCACUGGCCCCACCAAGCCCCGAGGCUGCACCCUUCCGGGAGCUUCCUGCCCGUGCACCCAAGCUCUGCAUUGGGGACCUGGACUUCUCAGAUCUGGGGGAGGAUGAAGACCAGGACAUGCUGAACAUGGAGUCCGUGGAGGCUGGAGAAGGGGUCCCAUCUCCGCCACCCCUACCACCGCUGCUCUUGGGAGCACCCCCACCUCCCCCACCCCCACUUCCCACACUAACCAAAGGCCCCUUCCCACCACCCCCACCCCCAGCUGCCCCUCUUCCCCCCUCAGUGCCUGAUGGCCCAGUUCUCCCCACCAAGAGGAAGACAGUAAAACUCUUCUGGCGGGAGCUGAAGCUGGCUGGGGGCCCUGGAGGCUCUGGGAGCCGCUUUGGGCCCUGCCCCACUCUGUGGGCCUCCCUGGAGCCUGUGUCAGUGGACACAGCUAGGCUGGAACACCUGUUCGAGUCCCGUGCCAAGGACGUGCUGCCCUCCAAGAAAGCAGGUGAGGGCCGCCGGACAGUGACCACAGUGCUGGACCCCAAGCGCAGCAAUGCCAUCAACAUCGGCCUGACGACACUGCCGCCUGUGCAUGUCAUCAAGGCUGCCCUGCUCAACUUUGACGAGUUUGCUGUCAGCAAGGAUGGCAUUGAGAAGCUACUGACCAUGAUGCCCACGGAGGACGAGCGGCAGAAGAUCGAGGAGGCCCAGCUGGCCAACCCUGACAUACCCCUGGGCCCAGCCGAGAACUUCCUGCUGACCCUUGCCUCCAUUGGGGCUCUGGCUGCCCGCCUACAACUCUGGGCCUUCAAGCUGGACUAUGACAGCAUGGAGCGGGAAAUUGCAGAGCCACUGUUUGACCUGAAAGUGGGCAUGGAACAGCUGGUGCAGAAUGCCACCUUCCGCUGCAUCCUGGCCACCCUGCUGGCUGUGGGCAACUUCCUCAAUGGCUCCCAGAGCAGCGGUUUUGAGCUGAGCUACCUGGAGAAGGUGUCAGAGGUGAAGGACACAGUGCGCCGGCAGUCACUGCUGCACCAUCUCUGCUCCCUGGUGCUCCAGACUCGGCCUGAUUCCUCCGACCUCUACUCAGAAAUCCCUGCCGUGACCCGCUGUGCCAAGGUGGACUUUGAGCAGCUGGCUGAGAACCUGGGGCAGCUGGAAUGCCGGAGCUGGGCGGCUAAGGAGAGUCUGCGGGCCCUGGCCAAGCAUGAGCUGGCCCCAGCACUGCGUGCCCGCCUCACCCACUUCCUGGCCCAGUGUGCCUGCCGUGUUGCCGUGCUGAGGGUAGUACACCGCCGGGUCUGCAAUAGGUUCCAUGCGUUCCUGCUCUACCUGGGCUACACAGCACAAGGGGCCCGUGAAGUGCGCAUCAUGCAGUUCUGCCACACGCUGCGGGAGUUUGCACUCGAGUAUCGGACUUGCCGGGAACGGGUGCUACAGCAGCAGCAGAAGCGGGCUACAUACCGUGAGCGCAACAAGACACGGGGACGCAUGAUCACUGAGACAGAGAAGUUCUCAGGUGUGGCUGGGGAGACCCCCAGCAACACAGCUGUCCCAGUGGCUGUGGGUAGCGGGCCAGGCCGGGGUGAUGCCGACAGUCAUGCCAGCAUGAAGAGUCUGUUAACCAGCAGCCCCAAGGACGCCACCCACGGUCGCCGCAGCAGAGGCACAGUCCAGAGCAGCUCUCCUGUGAUACCCACACCAGUGGGGCCCUCCACAGCACCCCCAGAAGAACCCCUAGGCUCCGGUUCACCCACUGACACUUCAGAUGAGAUCAUGGACCUGCUGGUGCAGUCAGUGACCAAGAGCAGUCCUCGUGCCUUAGCGGCUCGGGAACGCAAGCGUUCCCGUGGCAACCGCAAGUCUUUGAGACGGACGUUGAAGAGUGGGCUCGGAGAAGACCUGGUGCAGGCACUGGGACUGAGCAAGGGUCCUGGCCUGGAGGUUUGAAGGUGCUGCCUCCAGGAAACCUUUCUGGGCCCAGGCCUGCAGUGCAAGAGACUAUAGAGCGGGGAGAGGCCCAGAACAGAAUUCUGGGCCUCUUCCCAAACUCUAGUGCCACUCUGUGCCCAGGGGCCAGUGCCUUGAGCAGUAUUAGUCGUGUGUGCCUGUGUAUGAGUGAGCUCCCUGAACUUAUGGCACAAAAUAAAGUUUUUCUUAGCCAAUCUAAGAGCCUUUUUCUUCUUUGAAGGUUCCCAUUAGGCUGGGUCUAUAACAGGAGGGAAAUAACAAAAGCCUGGCUCCUCCUGCCCUGCCCCUCAUUAUCACCCACACAGCCAUUAGCCACCUCUAA